ACUAUUCCAUCACCUAACAUUAUCCAUUAUUACACCCAAAAUUCAUUUCUCAAAUCCUAUCCAAAAAAAUAUCACCAACCUCAAAAAAUAUCUUUUAACAACAAACAAUGGAUGUUCUUCAUCCUCAAUCACCUCCAAGAUCGUUAGCAUCAUCCAGAUUGAAUCCUAACGCUCCGAUCUUCGUCCCGAUGAAAUCGUAUCAGACGGUCGAGGAUUUCUCCGAUCAGUGGUGGGAUCUUGUUCACUCUUCUCCCUUUUUCCGAGAUUACUGGCUUCAAGAUUGCUUUGAUGAUGUCGUUGAUGAUUUUGAUCUUUCUGAUUUCGAUGACGCCUUUGAAGAACUUCAUCCUCCUAAACCGGAGGAGAAGGUAGCGGUGGUGGCGGCGGAGGAGAAGAGAGAGAAGGAGCUGAUAUCAAUGGCGGCGUUGAAGUGGAUUGGAUCGAAUGGAAAACCGGUGGAAGCGCCGAAAUAUUGCGAGAAAGCGCCGAAGGUUGUGAAGAGUGUGAAAGUGAAUCCAAGGACGAUUCAUCAGCCGCGUUAGAGUGAUUGACGAUAGACGAAGAGUAGGAGAGCUUUAAUUUGUUCUGUUUAAUUUUCUGGUUUUUGUAUAGAGGAAACUAUCUUUGAUUUAGUUUACCUGACUUUGAUUUCGCAGUUGUUUAUUUGGUUGAUUAGAGUAAAGUUGUUUUGAUUUGAUCUAGAUUCUGGUGAAAGUCUUUGUAUUUUGUAAUUAUGCUGUUGUUUCAUUGAUCAAAAUGAAUGAAGAAAUGAAAGGUUUAGAGUUCAAGCUUUA